CCGCCCCUCUGUUACCAGCCGGUGUAAGCGGGCAGCCGGGAGGCUUUAGGGCCCCGUGCAGUGUUGCGCAGGAGCCGGCAGAGGUAGCUGUUUCGACGGCGCCUCUUGUGCAGCCCCGUCUCGCUGGCCGAGCAAGACCCGCAGCCGGCACGUGGGGACCGACCGGGGAAGGAGGAGUCUGGCCAGGCGGGUUGGGAAGCAGCUGCCGCUGCUGCUGUUGUGCGCGCUUUGGCGGAGCCGUCGGCGCGCCCCUCUCCAGCGCUUUGUGCCGUGCGUCCUGAGCGCACAAUGGCCCGCGCCGCCGCCUCCGGCAGGGCCCCAGACGGCGGCGCCGAGGACCUCGGCGUGGGCAGGCGGCGGAGGAGCCCCGAACUCGGCCAUGCCGCGCUGGGAGGCAGCCCCGCAGCCAUGGACCUAGGGCCAGUGACCAUCUGUGGAGAAGUGAGCAUCUUGCAUGGGGGGUUCCUGCUGGCAUCCAAACUCUGCCACCCCAAGCCCCUGUCAGAACUGGCCAAGUCCGACUGGCCCCUAGUGGGCAAGCCCAUCAUCGAUGCCUUGCAGGAGAUCUGCACGUCCCAUUCCUCAUACCCACCGCAACCCAACGCAUGGAAGAGGAAAGCGGCUGUCAUUCUCUGGUCCAAAAUCCUCUUGGACAACUCGUCUCCCUCCGUCUCCGCUAACCAGAGGUGGAAGGAGGACACCUUCUUCUCGGCGAGCAACAUGAUCCCAGAGAUCAACCAUACUGUCCUCUUUGAGCUCUUCAAAGCGGUGAGUGCGCCCCGGCUUUUUACGCAGCUCCUCUUGGUGCUGCCGGAACACGUUUGCCCGAGGGAGCUGGAGACCUUUGUAGGGUACGUUGCUGACCAGACAUCUCCGGUAGACGUGUCGUUCUUCUUAGAUGUCUGGUGGGAGAUUAUGAAACACAAGGAAGGCCAAGAGGACAGGCUGAUGCUGCUGUUCCAGGCUGUAUCCCACCAGUAUCUCUCGGAGUCUGACGAAACUGGCCAACUUCCGAAGAGGUUCAGGAGUGAUGCGCCUUCUUUGCCAAGGUCCUCCCUGGCCACUAGUAUCCUUCCGAUCUUGACGGAAGGGUUAAAGCUGAUCAAAGAGAGCGUUGGCCCGGCUAGGAUGAAGUGCUACGCUCUUGCCAACCUGGUGGAAGUGUUGUCGUCUGGGUUGGUCACUGCCGAGCGCGAGACAGAGUUGCUGCCUGUCCAGACUUACUUGCACAAGAUCGCCUCGGUGGUGACCCUCUGGAGCAACGACUGUGAGAACCGAUAUAACAAGAGGGAUCUGGAUGAGAAGGUGAAGGAGGCUGAGAGAAGCGUCAGUUUGCUGAGCACCGCCAAGCUGCCCAGCGAAUCGUUGCCCAUCAGCUUAGGCUUUCUCCGUGGCUUGCUGGAGGAGUGGUCUCCAGAGCUGCAGGGCCUGUUAAACGACCCUCAGCAGAUCUGCUACGAGAGCUACAGGCUCCUCGAUGGCCUGGCCUCCCUUGAGAAGAAGUUGACCGACUGUGCCAAGUCACAAGAGCUUAGCAAAGAAAUGGUACAGGGGAUGUCGGAGCUGGGUGAUCUCAUUGCAGGUUUCUUGAAAAAGAUCAACCCCGAGUCGUGGGGCAAGAGCUCCGACAGCGACCUCGCGGCUUCGGUGGCCAUGGUGAUCAUUGAGAAGAAGAUGGACCGACACGCGGAGAUGUGUUCGGUUUUUGCUUCGGAGAAGAGCUGGGCGUUCACCAACGAUUGGGUCGCUUGCCUCGUUCGGAACAAAGACCUGUUCCAAGAGCCAGAACUGCUCUUGAAAUUGCUGGAGACGGCGGCAGCUUCCAGCUGCUCCACUGAAAACCGGGAGCAGCAAGCCAUGGUGGCCAGCACUAUCCUUGAGUGCUACAUAGAACUCUCCUUGCCAGAUAAGAACAAAGUCAUUUCGGGAGUCUUGGCUACUUGGGGCAGGCAGGGCCUUUCUGGGGUACUGGCUGUGUUCUCCGAAGGGUUCCAAGAGGAGCUCAAUGUCUCCUUCAACCAGAUCAUCAAGAGUGCCUCUGGCGAAGGCUUUAAGAAGUCUGUGGCUUCAGUGUCCCGGGUGGUGGUACUCAACCCAGAGGCGACAAUCAAGAAAAUGAUUAACUUAGCCAUAGCCAACUUAGGGACGCACCAGUUCAUGGCAGAGAUCCUGUGCUCUUUCCCGGCUCUGAGCUUCCGAGAAUCUUGGGAUUCGCCGGAAGCGCCUGUCAGCCUGCUGCUAGGGUGUUUGAAAGAGUCUGCCUGGGACCGGCUCUCCUCAGCCAAGGAAAAGGAGCAGUUCCUAGAGUUCGUAGUCCAUCUGAUGCAGCCAAGCGGAGCCAGCCCUCUCCUCUUCCCGGCGGAGGUGACCCAGAGCCUCGUCAUUCCUUUCCUGAAGUCGGACUCCCCUUGCAUCGAACUGUGCUUGCAGGUCCUCGACAAGGUUUUGAAAGUGCAGGUGCCUUCUGAGGAGAGCUGGGUUCAUACCUGCCACCCGUUCCCGCUCCUCUUAUGCCUCUGCAGACUCCUUGACGGGUUCACACAAUACUGGCACGAGCAACAAGGGCAACGCGGCUAUUCUCUAGAAACCAAAGACUUGGUGGCCACCAACCUGGCUCAGCUGUGCGACGCGGUCUCGGUCCAGAAGGACUGCCUGUCCCCGGACCUGUGGACCCAGUCGGUGGCUUGGCUGCACAAGAAGGUAGGAGCCUUGGACUGGACUAUCGGCCUCCGCUUGAAGAGCAUCUACGGAGGACACUUCAAGAACGAGGUCCCGGCCACCCUCUUUGAGGUCUGCAAGCUCCCAGAGGAUGAGUGGACGUCCCGCCCACUCCCAAAUUACGGGGCGGGCAGUGGGCUUCUGGCGUGGAUGGAGUGUUGCUGCAUCUCCACGGCCCUGAGAGAGCAAAUGCUCGUGCUGCUUAUGGUCAACGUGGACAACCCCGAAGAAGUAAACCUCUUCAGCAAAGGGUUCUUGCUGGCCUUCGUCCAGGUUUUUCCGUGGUGCAGCCAAAGCGAAUGGCGGAGGCUCGUCCACGUGGUCAAAAGCCUCUUGGAACGGGAAAUUCUUUACGUGCCUUACUCCCUGGAGUACAUCCAGUACUUGCCUUUGUUGAACUUCCGCCCUUUUGCCUACCACCUCCAGUUCUCGGUGCUUCUGCUGAGGGCCUUCCAGUUCCUGUGCAGUUCCAGCGGCUCCACGUGGCUGCCCACGGAGGCGUGGAAGCACGUGGCGAGGCUGUACUGCCUCGCCGUGUCCGAUUUGCUGGGCUCGGUCAAGAGCAUCGCUCUCUGCCAGUGGCACUCCACGGAAGAGAAGAACGUGACACGGGAGUUGUCCUUCAUCCACGUCCAGCUCUUCUGCCACACCCUCCAUGUGGCGGCCAUGUUGCCAGACGACGGCACCGGCGAGCCGCUCCUUCUCCUCUCCUUGGAGAUCCUCUCACAGUACAAGAUGCUCCAUGAUGCUGAUGAGUCCCUGGGCAGCGCCCUGCGGAAGGCCAACGAGAGGCACUUCCUGGAGUCCAUUGCGGAGAACGUCACCAACAAAGAGCUCCGUACAAUGCUCCUUCAGAAGCUCCGUAAGCUGUGACGUCUGCUUCUGUUGGCAACCGCAGGUGCUGAGGAUGAUCAGAACUGAAAAGGUGCGUUCUGAAGCCAAAAACCCGGGUUCAUUUUGAAAGCAUUUCCACAAGGGAUAGGGUGAAGGCUGCUGGUGGGAAAUUUGGAAGAUCUAUAAUAAACCUUUUAUCUCUU